AUGACUUCAAAGGCAUUUACGCAGGAUGUAUUCCUUAAUCCAGAGUCGUCGCCAGAGCCUUCAAUCAGAGAAGAUAGACGACAGAACUUCAGGCAUCCUACAGUCUAUGAUGCUGUCGCGGGUCGCAUAUCCCUCGCAGGAUUCAUUCCGAAGCAUGUAGUCGUCGCCUCGACUCGAGAUACCGUCUCAUCGUCUACCACUGCGAUUGCGCCAGAAACCGUCCUCUUCCGAAGCAAGAAUGCCCCAACACGGUACGCCGAGUCUGACAUAUACUUCGCAAACGAAAGACAAUCCAUCAAAGACCUGCCCGAAUCGGACCUGCUCAAGGCCUUACAUUGCUAUACUUCUGAUUUCUACUCACGGGCCACAUUAGAUCGAGGAAGCGGGGACUGGAAGAGCAUGGAUGAGACAGCUUUGAUUGCCUUGGGAAUCCUCUUGGAAGAAGCAUCAAUGGCGAGUCUCGGGGAGACUGGCGACCUCGCCUUCACAGAAGGAGAGCAAUCGACCGAUCCGGGGGUGCAAGAAUCUGACGGCGAACAGCGAAAACUCAAGAAGCGACGGGCGAAAAAGCGACGACUUGACAAGACGAGCUGA